AUGGAAGAGAAAGCUGAACCGCGGGAGCACGAUUUGCCCAGGUCAGAGGUUACUGAGAGUUCCCCUAAUACAUCCUCCUCCCGGCCCCAGAGCCCCGAUCUCAAGCAACAUCCGCUUCUCCGCGCGCUCCUCUACACGCCCCCCGCAUGCAGGUAUACACCCAGCGCACCUCCCAACUUCAACCUCUGGCUCAACGGGCUCUUCGCGUUCGCCGGAACCUUCACUGUCGCAAACUUGUACUAUGCGCAGCCGCUUCUCGAUAUGCUUGCGUCCUACUUUGGUGUCAGCCAAGAGCGGGCGUCUCUGAUCCCCACCUGUUCGCAAGCCGGCUACGCAGCGGGUCUGAUUUUCAUCUGCCCGGCGGGUGACAUGGUGCGUCGCAGGCCGUUUGUGCUCCUAUUGACCUUUAUCACCGCGACUAUGUGGAUUGGAUUGUGUGUCACAGAGAGCUAUGGCGUUUUCCUUGCGUUGAAUCUUCUGUGUGGGAUGACCACCGUCACACCACAAAUAAUGCUCCCCCUUGUCGGCGACCUCGCGCCCCCCGCGCGCCGCGCAACCGCCCUCUCAAUUGUCUCCUCAGGGCUUGUUCUGGGUCUUCUCUUCGCGCGGCUUCUAUCCGGUAUCAUCGCCGAGAGCUCCUCCUGGCGCAAUGUCUACUGGCUCUCGCUGGGACUGCAGUACCUGAUCUUCUUCCUGCUCUGGCUGUUCAUGCCAGACUACCCCUCCACAAACACGGAUAUCUCCUACUUCAGGAUACUGGGCUCGAUCGCGGUCCUCUUCACCAAACAUCCAGUCCUCGUACAGGCGACGCUGAUGGGCUUCCUGACGAGUGCAACCUUCACCUCCUUCUGGACGACUCUGACAUUCCUAUUAUCGGGAAAGCCGUAUAAUUACGACACGCUCACGAUCGGCCUCUUCUCGAUCGCAGGCUUGUCACCCAUGAUCUUCAACCCGAUCUACUCGCGCCUUGUGAUAGACAAAUACGUCACCCAGCUCUCCAUCACCAUCAGCCUCCUCACCUCCAUGACCGGCAUCGCAAUCGGCGCGUACACGGGCGCCUUCACAGUUGCCGGUCCGAUCCUGCACGCCGCUUUGCUCGAUUUCGGGAACCAGGCAACGAUGAUCGCAAACAGGGCGGCUAUAUAUGCGGUUGCACCCAAGGCACGCAAUAGAGUCAAUACGGGGUAUAUGGUAGGUGCGUUUGUGGGACAGCUGAUGGGAACGGCUGUUGGGAACCGAGUUUAUGCGGAGCACGGGUGGAUGAUCGCGCAGACAGUAAGCUUGGUUUUUGCUGCUGUAGCGCUAGGAAUUGGAUUGGCGAGAGGACCACGAGAGAAGGCGUGGGUUGGGUGGACUGGGGGUGUGUAUUUUCGGAGAGUGCAUGAGGAUCCGAGUUCGAGUGGAAGUCCUGCGAGUGAUGGAAGUGGUGAGAGUGGUAGGACUGAGGGGCAGGCUCGUUCUUGA